GAAAAAUGGAGCCAGGUGGAGUGGGGUGUGUUUUGGUUGUCAUUGAAUCUCAUCGUUAAAGAUUAUUCCUUUCCCCCCAAAGUUCUUGACGUUAUUUUAACGAGUCCAGGAUGCUGCGCUUCACUGCUGUUGCCCGUGUGUGUUCGCGGGCGUCAGCGUCAGGUGCAUGUGGCCGGGCGUCAGGGUCAGGCGUGUCCUCCUGUCCUCCUCUGCCAUUGGAUGCCAACACCAGGCCACUCCCCCUCCAGAUCAGACCACUCCCCUUUCUCCAUCCCGCAUCUCCCUUGGCAACUGCUUCCCUGGUACCCCAUCGCGGCGUAUCCACAGAGACGGGAAAAGGCUGGUAUGAGAGCCUUGCGGACUCCACUGCUGUGCAUUACAUGGAGCAGCUGCUGGUGACGACCCAGAAUGCAACAGGGCUGCCCUGGUGGGCCAGCAUCAUCGCCACGACGAUCGCACUGAGGACGGUAGUGACAUUACCCCUCGGGAUGUACCAAUCAUACAUCAUCAGCAAGGUGGAGUCGUUGGAGCCUGAGAUAGCCGAGCUAGCGAAGCGUCUUCGCUACGAGGUAGCCAUGAAGGCCAAAGACAAGGGCUGGAAUGAGAAGACAUGCAGGUAUCAGUACAUGAGGAAUUUAAAGCGUAUCGUGUCUGAGCUCUACAUAAGGGAUAACUGCCACCCCUUCAAGGCCAGUGUCAUCGUCUGGGUCCAGAUCCCCAUGUGGGUGUGUGUGUCCCUCGCACUACGCAACCUCAGCCUCGGAAACACACACACGCCUGAAGUGUUCCAGCAGCUAACAGCAGGGGGCGCUCUGUGGUUCUCUGACCUGACGAUGCCCGACUCCCUCUGGAUAUUACCCAUCACCCUGGGAGUCACUAACCUGCUCAUUACAGAGAUCUUUGCGUUGCGGAGGUCUGAGAUGACUAGAGUUCAGCGGAUCGUCACCAACGUCAUCAGAGGAGUGUCACUAGUCAUGAUCCCCUUGGCUGCCACUGUCCCCUCGUCCAUGGCGCUGUACUGGUGUGGUUCGAGUGUUGUGGGUUUGGGCCAUAACUUGCUGCUGCGAUCCCCGGGCUUCAGACGCCUGCUGCGUAUCCCGGCAACCAGAGCGGACUCUGACACGCCCUACAGAGACCUGGUCAACGCCGCCAAGACAAAAUACCUCAAGUAGACAACAUGGAGAAUACACACACACACACACACACACACACACACACACACACACACACACACACACACAGAGGACAUGGACCUGUGUACCUCAAGUAGAAGACUGGACAAUAUGGAACACAUAUCAGAAGUAGACAAUGAAUCAGUGCCACAAGUAGAGUACAGGACACAGUGGAGGACAAGACAUGGACUAAUGCCUCAAGCAGGAG